GAACGCGUCAUCAAAAUACUCCUUCAGCUGUUCAAACGCUCAAGUGUCACCACGAGAGCUUGCUGCAUGGGACGUAAACCCAUUCAUUAAACUCACCAAACGAAGAUGGCUCUAAUGGGAGUUCAGUUGGUGGUGAGCUUGCUGGCGGUCAGCAUAAUGCAAAGAAUGGCCCCGCAUCUCUCCUUUGCUCGCUGGCUCCUAUGUAACGGCAGCCUUUUCAGGUUCAAACAUCCGUCUGAAGGCGAGUUGUGCGCCCUUGCGGGGAAACAGAUUCCUAAAACCAGCAGGCGAGACAGGAGGCAAAACGGACACGGAGAAUCCAAGCCGCUCACGGUCCCGAAAGACAUUGAUCUUCACCUGGAGAGCGCGCCUGUGAAUGUCUUAGACGCUCUUGUUUUGCGGUUCUUUGUUGAGUACCAGUGGCUGAUUGAUUUUGCCGUCUAUGCCACGGGGAUCUACCUCUUCACCGAAGGCUACUACAGCGUGGUGGAUGCCAGCAAGGAAGUCAACAUUGCUUCCAUCUGGUGUGUGCUGUCUGUGUUCUUCUGCUUGAGGACGCUGUAUCUUCUCACGACCCACUACUUUCGCUCCGAGGAGGGUGGCGAGCGCUCCGUGUGUCUGGCUUUUGGCUUCUUAUCUCUUCUCAUUGCAAUGCUGGUCCUUGUAGUGAGAGAAGACUACCUGGAGUUUGGCCUUGAGCCCGGAUUUACCAGUCUUUUCGACAAUUUCGAGGUCUUUGCCAGAAAGCAAGGCUACGAAUGGUCCGUUCCCUUCACCAAACUGUCAGUCAAGUUGGGGCUGGCUGUCAUUUGUGCCUUCAUUGGAGCUCUCCUCGCUUUCCCCGGAUUGCGGUUGGCCCAAACCCAUCUAGACGCUGUUCAGAUGAACACCGAUCGUCCAAUCAUUCAGAUCCUUUUGCACAUGAGUUUUUUGUCUCCACUGGUUGUUAUUGUGAUGUGGAUUAAACCCAUUGCUAGAGACUUCCUAGGCAAUGCCCCCAUGGGAAAGACCUCUGUUACCUUACUUUCUAGUUCUGCCUUUAACUCGGUGCGUCUUUGGACGAUCGUGGUGCUGUGUGUUUUGCGGCUGCUGCUCACCCGCUAUCACCUGCAGGCCUAUCUCAAUCUGGCACAGAAGUGGGUGGAGCAAAUGAAGAAAGAGGCGGGGCGUAUCGCUGCCAUUGACAUCCAGAGGAAGGUGACAAGAGUUUUCUGCUACUUGACUGUGGUCACCCUUCAGUACCUUAUACCCAUUCUGCUUGUGCUUUUCUCGACUUUGGCACUCAAAUCUUUAGGUGACUUUUCAUGGGGCCUUGGAGCGGAGCCUCCGAGUGUGACCCCUGCUCCUGUGCUUCCCACCGCCCCUCCACCCGUCCCCAGACCGGAAGACGACGAGGAUGUAGAAGACAUGGAGGAGGACAUCCAGGCCACCGUAGCCCACGUGACGGAGCUGUUCAUUGCCUUACGCGGGCUCCUCACGCCCAUCUUCUUCCGGGGGAUCUUGGCCUUCCUCACGUGGUGGGUCGCUGCCUGUCAGCUCGUCAGCAGCCUCUUCGGGAUCUACUUCCACCAGUAUCUGAUGCACAACUAAAAAAAAGGGCCCUGAAGUGAAGCUCUUCGUGCUGAAUCCAGCUCUUCAACAUCAACACGAACAGUCACGCAAACACUUCUGAUGCGCCAACCGGAAGAAGGCUGGCUCCUCGGAAACAAACGCUCACCUAAACCCGUUGUAUUGUUUGGACAUUUCUGUUGGGUGCGUUCAAAGCGAAGAUGCUAGUUAACCGUAUGCAUAAGAUCACCGAGAUAACAUCGUUUUUUUUAACUUAAGAAGUUUUCGGUUCCCCGUUGUGGUGAUCGUUUCGUUGAAAUGCAAUCGUAAGGGCCUGAUAACUCAGGGAUGCGGUCCGAAAUGGUGUUUCUUCCACCAGCACAAUAUCAUGAAGCGUUUCAUGGACUCGGUCGUUCCAAAAUGAAAUUUGUAUUUCAUUUUGUACUGUUGCCUUGGAUGAAUUUUUUAAAAGAAUGUAAUGGUGUAUUUUAAAUGCUGUGUUUGCUAUAUGGCUGAUGUGUCCUAAUCGUUUUGCUCACAUGUCUCAUGAAUGAUCGUAUGAUUUUUAUUAUUAUUUUUUUUUGCCUGCUUUUGAACUGCUGUCUUCAGUCAUAGGAUCAGAGGAAGUGAUCAGGGAUAUCAUUUAAGCUGGUGGGCUUAGGCCGAGCUCGUAAUUUAACACUGAUUUAUUUAUUAACUUUCUAACGUCAACCGACCUACGUUUGAUUCGAAACAAUAAACUGAUCAUUUAAAAAAUA